AGCGGAAGUGGGAGCUGCUUCCGGCUGCUCCGCGGGCGGCCAUGUUGGAGCGGCGGCGGCAGCGCAGCGGCGGGUGCGGGUCUGGCGGCGGCCGGUGUCAAGGCUUGUUUUUCCAGUAAUUUGGACCAUUUUGAAGCACUCACUUGACUAAUGCCAUGAAUAUUGCAGUGAACAAUGUGGAAGAAAAAGCAGUCCAUUCCUGGUCAAGAAUUUCCUCUGCAGGACAGAAAGUGCUGGAGGAAUCCCUCCGAGUCUUUAACCCAAUGUCCAAGGACCUUUCUGACACAGAGACCCAGCUGGUGGCCUUCAUUCAGAGCCUGAAGGAGGAGGGCUACCAGCCCACAAUCCUGAGGAGUAAGGAUGUGUAUGGGUACAGCUCAUGCACAGCAGACACACCCAGUCUCACAAAGGAGAGCAUCCAGCACAGCUGCACCGAUGCCGCCGAGCCUGCUGAGGGGCCGGCUGGGAACGCCGCGGCUGCGGCCAAGCGGCCGGCUUCGCCCACCCGCCUCUCGCUGAACUCUGCGAAGGUCUCUGCUCGGCCAGUCUCGAAAGGGGAUUCCACAAAUCUCCUCUUGAGCUCCUUGAAGCAGAGAAGAUCUGGCACAUCCAAGGCCGCGUCAGGGGGCUACCCUACAGGCACUUAUCCUGACGUGUACCCAGCCAUGAGACUGUCAGUGGUUCUGGAAGCCCUGGUGCCGCUGAAAACUACCACGCCCUGUGUGGAGUCCAAGUACACACGAGGGUGUGUUGGGAUCUCGCCUUCAGACCUUAAGCUCCUCAAGGCUGCCAGUCCACCAAGGCAGUUUUCUUCAGGCAAGACCGCUAAAGUAACAGAAGGUAAGGGGUACAGGCAUUUGAUAAAGAAAGCACCAGAUCCUGCCACCCUUGCUUUGAAUCUUCUGAAGGGACCAAAGGGUGGUGUGCUGCAGGAGAGCAAUGCUUGCAAAGCCUCGGGAGUCCUCAACGGGAGAGUCACAGGCAGCUCGUCCCAAGGCUGCACCACAGCACAGCAAUCCCGGGCCUUGAAAAUCAAAGAUAAGGAAGCUCUGGUGGGGAAAACUGAGUGGAAGGACAGCAGCACGUACCGGGAGAGCGUUGGGCGAAAGAAGAGAAGAGCUGCAGAGGCAAGAGAGGCACCACAGAGGAAAAAAGCAAACACCGUUCCUGUCAGGAGCAAAUCUCGACGAGCUCAGAGCACUUUGAACCUGCUGAAAUUCCAGGCCAUCAAGGUGGGCAACUCUUCCUCUGAUGAUGAAGUGAGAAGGAAAGCACAGAAGAUCCUUAGGGUCAACCUGUCCCCUGUGAUCCGAAUUCAGCCCUUGUCCCACGCUCACAGCGUCCCCUGAGUUUCUUCACUCGGUCACUUUUUUUUGUGAGUACAUAAAUACAAGCCUGGCACCAGAGUGUGGAGACGUUUAAGAGCGAGUCUGGAUCUCUGGUGCCUAGUGAUGAUAUGUCAACUCACCUGCAGACAGAGCAGCCUGCUCUGAUGCUGUUUCUGCCUGUCUACCACUGCUCUGCAGAACUGACUGCAGACCUGCAAAGUCUGCUCAGGAAGGUGGCAUGGUGACUGUCACCCACGGCAAGCUGAGCAGGCCGGAGCGCUCGCUUCCUGCAGGCACCCUCUGUAACGUGGCAGGCUGCACUCUUGUGCAGGGGGAGGACAUGGGACUUUUUCAUGACAUUGAUGCACUGUGAUAUUGCUCUUUUUCAAGCUGUACAUUUACUGGGUUUAUUUUGAUCAAAUUUUAUAACUUUAUAUAUCUAUAUAUCCAUAGAUGUGCAUAUAGCCCAGGAACUGUGGGAAGAUGCACUUCCUUCAUCCUCUGGGAUUGGGUUUGAUAGCUUUUGUGCCCCCUCCCCUUCAGCCAGUCUUUUGUUGGAAGGUGCCAGGAUUUCUUUGUGAUUCAGUGUUGUGACAGCCUGUUCUGGGCUUUCUGGAGCAGCUCAGGGGCAGGCAGAGGUAUAGCCACUUGUUUGUCUCCAGAAACUCCAAGCCAUUUGGAGAAUUACCAGCUGAUCGUUUUAAUCAUACUUUCGGUAUUACCUCUGCGUAAGAGCGAGGGACUGUUACAAGGCUGUUGCCUGCAAGUCUGCCUGAUGUCUCUAGGUGCCUCCACCAUUCGUUGUAGCAGAAGCUCUGAUCUCAUGGUAGAGGUUUGCCUCCAAAGAGCAAUUCCUUCUCAGCACCCAGCGUUGCUCAGCUCUCCUGUACCCCAGGUGCAGGUGUAGAACAUGACCUGUGACUGUUAGAGCCAAAGGGCUGGAGCUGUUAAUAGGAAUGGGAUAAGUGUCCUGCCCACCACUUAACUGCUUUGCUGUUGCUGGGUGUUUGAGGAGCAGGUUCUAGGUGCAGGUAAAGAAGACAAAGGCUGUCUUUGAAUGUAUCAGAUACAUCCUGCUGGUCCCAGAGCUCACUGGGAUAGUUGAGCCCAAAUUAAACAGAAAAUCAAAAGACUUGAGAGGAUAUAUGCCAGUACUUAAAUGUAGUGAGUUUCUUUGUGUUGGUUUGCAAGGGUAAAGCAGUAGGAGGGGAGAUCAGCACUGUAUUGUGCUGGGUGUCAGCUUUGGGAUGUUGUGAGAAGGUGUGUGGCAGGUGUGAAAGCUCUGGGAGGGCAGGCAAAGCUCCUGGAGGGCAGGCUCUGCCUGUCCCCAGGAGGCACUGUGGAACUGCAGAUGGCUGCAUUGGCCUUCCUGCGCCAGGGCAUGCUGUUGGAUGUGAAUACAGACUGUGCACUGCUGGAGUGGAGAACGAGUCUGCUCUCCACGGGGAGGGAUCUGCAAGCCACAGGAGAAAUACCGUGCCGGAGCUGAGUGCUGCCACUGUCACCUUGUGGGGUGGUCUCCAAUGAGACAUCUGCAUUGGGAUACUGCAAAAGCAGAACCUGGUGGCUUGGGGAGAGGAGGAAGCGUCGUCCCAAGCAUGAGCCCAGCUCUGUGUGCUGCUGUACGUUCAGAUUUCUGCAGCAGCAGCCCAGUAAUCCACUCAUUCUCUCACCAGCUCAAAAUACCAGUUGUGUGACCUAGUAAUCUCUGUGGACAUUGGCUGAAGUGAUGAGCUCCCCUGGGAAGCCCCAGCUCUUACGUUUCAGUCCCUCCCUAGCACUUGGCUGGCUUUCAGCACUUUGUAAAAGGGGUCAGUGUCUAAUCCUCAGCUCAGAGAGGAAAAACGUGGCACAGAGGAGGUUCAUAAGCGAGUGAGAGUGCAGGGAAGCUGGGUGUCCCAUGGCACAGUUGGGGUUCUCCCCACCGUUGCCCAGCUAGAACAGGGUGGAGGUUCUUCCUGAAGGGGUGGUUGCAGGUUCUGAACCACAUGCUCAGGUUCUGCACGGUUUUACUGUGCCUGUCUGCACUGCUGUCAGAGAUCCGUAACUUGCAGCAUUGAGACUGAGCUGUGAACGCCACUGGCUGACUGCAGAGGAAGGAGAAACAUUUUCUUCUGCUUCUUGUGUUUUAAAAUGCCCUGGCAGAGAGUUCCCUGUCCUGACAUGAUGCUGGAUGAUGCAGAACCCUCCAUCACUGUUCACUGGCCAAAUAUUGCUUUGUCCCUUUUGUUCCCAAUCCUUCAGACCUUUCUUAUUCCCACGCUCUCAAAUGCCAGGUCUCGAAGUCUUGCACUGGAGUUUCUCUUUUUGGCUGCUUCCCGAGGAGGGCUCUGAACUUCUGCCUGUGGUAUCACUGCCUGACAGGCUGCUCAGCAGCUUCCUCUUUUCCCAGCCCCUUAUAAGGGCACUGAGAGCUGUCUCUGGAGCCUCUUCAUGCAGUACAGACAUCCCAGCUGAGUGCCUGGCCUCCAAUGGGAAAAACAGCCAUGCAUCAACAGGACUGAAUUCAGGUUGCUUUUCCUCCAGCCUGAGCAGGAAGAUGAGCAGCUGAAGCCAGCUUAUCCAGCCACAUUCCUCUUCUUCAUUGUGUUUCUUCCCCAGCUGUACUGCUGCCUGCCUCGUCACUCUUCUCCCUCAUUUGUUAUCUUUUGCUGCUUGGGUCUUUGCCAGUCAAGGACUUGGUUUGUACUGUUGGCUUAACACAUCCAGCAAAACAUAUUGCCUUAGCUCUGCCAUGCCUUUCCUGGCACCAAGCUGAAUGCUGCAAAUGUUUUGUGGUGGCAGCUUGCCUUAGGUCCUGCCCAGGCCACCAGCAAGAAGUCUUCUGCUCCACAGUGAGAGAUGAGCAUCAAAACUGCUUCUGUGCCACUGAGUUUUCUGCCAGGGAAGUGAGCAAGCUCUGUGCUCAGGACCUUGCUCAUCAUCAGCCCAGUCUCUUGUCAGCUCUUCUGCACAUCUCUAAGACUGCAGGGCCCCUGGUCUCAAUUCUCUACCCUCUGAUGUCUCCUCUUCAUCCUCAUAGGUUAUUAGGAAACUUGGCUGGAAGGAGUGCAGCUUGGGGUCUGGAGAACAGGUCUUGUGAGGAGUGGGUAAGGGAGCUGGGAUUCUUUAGUCUGGAGAAGAGAAGUCUGGAGGGAGACCUUACUGCUUUCUACAACUACCUGGAAGGAGUUUGUAGUGAGGUGGGUGUUGGUCUCGUCUCUCAAGUGAUAGGACAAGAGGAAAUGGCCUCAAGUUGCACCAGUGGAGGUUUAGAUUGGUUAUUAGGGAAAAUUUCUUUACUGCAUUGGCAUUGGAACAAGCUGAGCAGGGAAGUGGUGGAGUCACCAUCCCUGUAGAUGUUAAACAAACCCCAUGAGAUGUGGCACUUUGGGACAUGGUUUUAGCAGUCAUGGUAGUGUUGGAUUAACAGUUGGACUUGAUGAUCUUAGAAGUCUUUUCCAACCUUGAUGAUUGUAUGACUGUUAUUCACAGAGAGGCUGUAGAGCCCCAGUGCCCAUGUCAGCAAGUGCUCCUGGUCAUCUAGUGCUGGCAGACCUCGUGCUGUGCAGCCUGCUGGUGGUUGGUUCUGCCAUCCUCUGUGCAGGUGCUCCUGGCAUCUUGGCCCUUCAACACUUGAUGUUUAGGAGGCUGCAGAAGAGGUCUGUUGUAGACACUGCAGUCUGGUGUUAGGGAAGAUGAAGAGUUUGAUCAAACCACACGUGCCCAAGACCUGAUCUCACAAGAUCUCACCCUCCAGAGGUCCCUUCCACCCCACGCUAUUCUGUGACAGCAGAAUAACACUUGCCUUCCAGUGAUCUGGGCAGCAGUGACUGGCAGGGCACACAGAAAGGUGUUGCCUGGAGUGCUGUGGUCUCUGCUGAUUAUGCUCUAUGCAGGUUGUUCAGACCUGUUUCUGAAUUAGUCACUUUGAAUUCAUCCAAGUGCCUAAGCUGGUCUAUGCUGUUCCUGGGCACUGUGACAAGCCAGAGCUUUGGAGAUUCUUAGGAAUGCUUUUACUGCAUGGAUGUGUGCCACUGUCACUUCUAGAAAUGAUUCAGCCAGUGGUCAAAGGGCUGUUCUUCCAACUGAUUUUGUGGAAAUAAUUUCUCCUUUUAUUCAGCUGCCAAGAAGCAAGAGUUUAUGCUUUGCCUCCAGCAGACAAAGUCUUUGAGCUUCCUGCAUGCUUCUGAUAUCCAUCAGCAAGGUCUGUGGGGAGAGCAGCUUGUCCCCAGGAGGCUGAGGGGAAGCUGACAUCAGUUACCAGUUGAAAUCACAUUGUUAGUUGGUAGAAACAUUUUGAGGCUCAUGUCCACAGUGAUCAGAUUUCACCAUCUGCCACUACUUUUAGUUGGAGAAGUUUCUCCUUGGCCUUCCUCCCUGCAAGCCUUGCAGUGUGGUGCUGCUGCUUACAAACUGUUUACCUCCCCCAUGCAGAGACAGCUGCCAUAGUGAGCCUGGUUCAGAAUUUUUUAAGCACUUUUCUGCAAACUCAAAAGGGAUUAUUUUGUUACUUCUGUUUUGUAGCUCACUAGUGGUAUUUCAGACCAGGGUGCAGCACCCACACUUGCAGGGCCAGGGCGGCAGUAGGCUGAAACCCCUCAUUGCCUGGUGCUUCCUUGCACAAAGUUCAGCUGGUUGGCAGCUGAGAGCAUUGCAGGGAAGUUGGGAGCAGAGCAGCAUAGGUGGGUGAUGCUGUGUACCCAGCUUUGCAGCCCUGCAGGGUUCUGCCACUUGUUCUCUGGGCUCCCCUCAUGCACCAGCAGCACCGCUCUACCAGUGGAGCUGGUGGAAGUCUCCUGAGUCCAACUGUGACAGGAGGGGCUGGAGGGAUUUGGGGUUUGGGCUUGAGCACACAAUUUGUGCCCUUUUUGUUGACUUGUGCUGUGUCCACAGCCAGAUCUUGCCAGCAUGCAGGGAAGUGCAGCCCCUCCAGCUGCUCUCCCUGUCGGGUCCAUGUUCCCUGCCCUGUCUGGGAGCUGGGCCUUUGGCCAGAGCACAAGAUAUAUGGGAGUAUGGAGAGCAGGUUUGUCUCUCAGCUGCAGCUGGACAGUGUGCUG